UAUGAGAGCUACUUGAUCCCUCUUGGCUUUGCCACGAAAAAAUUCAAGGGUAGUUUGUCUACAGGGAUGUUAACCCAUUCCAAUGAAUGCAUCGUAGGUCAACAUUCGGAAUAGGAUCAUUGUUUUUUCGAACGUGCAAUCAGUCACUUCGUCUGUGGUUCAUGAGAGAAUUUUGUCCAUGACGCGGCUCGCAGUCUGUGGAGUUUUGGGAUAACUUCUUUGUAUACAAGGACAGCUAACGUUCGCUGACAAGAGGAGGACCAGGGUAGAACAUGGACUGGGGCACAGAUCUUUGGGACCAGUAUGACAUCAUCGAGAAGCACACGCAGUCGGGGCUGGAUCUGGUGGAGAAGUAUGUGAAGUUUGUCAAGGAGCGGACGGAGAUCGAGCAGAACUAUGCCAAGCAGUUGAGGAACCUGACAAAGAAAUACAGUCCCAAAAGAGGUAGCAAGGAGGAGCAGGAAUGCAGGUUCUCAAACCACCAGUCCUUCCUGGAUGUCCUCAACGAGAUGAACGACUACGCCGGCCAGCGAGAGCUCAUCGCCGAGAACAUGAUGAUGAACAUCUGCAUCGAGCUCACCAAAUACUUACAGGAGCUCAAGCUGGAGCGCAAGUCGCAUCUCUCGGAGGCCAAGAAAGCACAGCAGUCUCUGGAAAGCACGUACAAGCAGCUGGACAGCAGUAAGAAGCGCUUCGAGAGAGAGUGGAGGGAAGCGGAGAAGGCCGCCCAGUACGCUGAGAAAACGGACCUCGACAUAAACGCCACCAAAGCUGAUGUCGAGAAGGCCAAGCAGCAGGCUCAUAUGCGGUCGCACGUGGCGGAGGAGUGCAAGAACGACUACGCGGCGCAGCUGCAGAAGUACAACAAGGAGCAGGGCCAGUUCUACUUUACAGACAUGCCUCUCAUCUUCAACAAGCUACAGGACAUGGAUGAGAGGCGUGUGAAGAAGCUGGCACUGGGCUACGUUCAGUUCUCGGACACGGAGAAGAAUGUGCUGCCAAUCAUCGGGAAGUGCUUGGAUGGCAUCAUCAGGGCGGGAAACAACGUCAACGAACGCAACGACGCCCUGGUCCUCAUAGAGCAGCACAAGUCUGGUUUCGAGCGUCCGGGCGACCUGGAGUUUGAGGACUACAGCCAGGGCAUCAACCGCACGUCCUCCGAGAGCAGCCUGGGGACACCCAAGGGACCCCUCGACCUGCUCAGCAAGAACAAGAGCAAACCCUUCUGGCUGUUUGCCAAGAAGAGCAAGUUCUCAUCCCCACUUACGCCUUUCACCACGCCCCCCGCCCCCUCGCCUGCUAACGGAUCCCCCUCCUCCCCCAAGUUCGGACGGGACCCCCUGUCCUACUGUUUGAAGGAGAUCAAUAAGACAGUCAAACCCCGAAUCUCGUCUUUCCGGACACUCAGGAGAACGAGGAAUACCAUUAAGAAAAAAAGCAUGGUAAAGAAACGCAAAGAAACGCAGAAGCCAAACUCCCAGCCUACGGUCACUGAGGACUUUGGCCACCUCCCCCCAGAGCAGCGGCGCAAGAGGCUGCAGCAGAAGCUCGAGGAGCUGGCGAAGGAGCUGCAGAAAGAGAUGGACCAGAGUGAGGCGCUGGGGAAGAUGAAAGAUGUUUAUGAGAAGAAUCCUCAGAUGGGCGACCCGGCCAGCCUGGCUCCGCAGAUCAACCAGACGACCCAGAACAUGGAGAGGCUGCGGGGGGAGCUGAGCAAGUACGAGAACUGGCUGACGGAGGCAGGGGGUCGGGGAGACACGCUGCGGGGAGACACGCUGCGAUACUCCACACAGUCCUUCAACAACAACGGAGCUCAUGACACCUUCAGCCCCGACGGCGCCCACUCCGACGAGGGCACUCCGGACCCCUCGCAGGCCAUCUAUGCAGAGUUCGAUGAUGACUUCGAGGAGGAGGAGUUGGCCGCCCCCAUAGGCCAGUGCACAGCUCUAUACAACUUCCCAGGGUCGAGCGAGGGCACCAUCGCCAUGCAGGAGGGCGAGGUGCUGUCCGUCGUGGAGGAGGACAAGGGGGACGGCUGGACACGCGUGCGCCGCUCCAACGGAGACGAGGGAUACAUCCCCACCUCCUACGUCUCCAUCUCGCUCAACAAGUGACCUCUCUCUCUCCCUCCUGCCGCCCCCCAGUGGCUGACUCCAGCACUGCGCUGCCCCCACCGCGUGUCCUCAUGUCCCUCCUCUGCUCUGCUCUGCUCUGCUUGGCUCGGCUAGGUCCCCUGCACCACCAUGUCACCCUGACUUCAACGAAACUCACUCGCAUAUAGUAUGUACCCGCUAAACUAAAGCACUGCAUUCCUGACUGACCUGCCAGUGGGACCAGGCUGAGAAACUUGGGGGGGCCAGGGCAGGACGACGGCCUUAGACAAGCUUGUGCGUUCAGGCUAUACUACCAGAAGCCCCGCAUCCCUGGAGGCUGGGGCGUCCUCGUCGGGAGCUGAGCCCCAAAGCAAGGCAGCAGGCUGCAGGGGAUGAGUGAGGCGUUCAGGCUGUCCACACCUGUCUGGAUGAUGAAUGGGCAGCCACAGCCUACUUUUAUCUUCUUUUUUUUUCUAAAAUUUUUUUUCCUUACAUUUUUUUUGUUUUGUUUUGCCCACACAGGAGCACUGGCCAUCCAGACACUUUAUCCUCAAGUUAUCGCUUGUCUGGGGACCGCACUCACCUCACGUUUUUGUUCAUUUUCAACAACUUUGGGCUGACAGAUGAGUGUGUGUGUCUGUGUGUCUUUGUGUCUGUGUGUGCCACACAGAGAGGUUGAGAUGCAUAACCAACACCACCUGCAAAACAUCCUCCCAUCUUUGCCUGAUUUGGGCAGUAACAGGAUGUGAAGAUAUCAGGGACUGGUUUGUUACGGGAUAUUUACCGACUUCCUAAAACAUUUGUCAGCACACAAUGCAAUGUCCUCCUCAUUCCUCCGUUAAUGUCCAAUAACGCAUCAUUAUCUCACAGAAUUCUGUGGAAUGGACACGGACCUUUGGGACACGAAAUCUGUUAGUUUCACGGAUUAUGCCAACUUCCAAUUGUUUUGGUCAGCGCACAGCUUAAAUUGCUAGCAUUCUUUUGGUAUCAAUUUUCUAACGAUAUAAUUAGCAGAGUGCUGUGGGAAUAUAGAAAGCACUUCCGUGAGUCCUUCACGGAAAAUACUUCUGUGACCAUAGCACAGAAUUUUGGGAAAAUCCGUGAAACAGACACUGAUUUCGUGUCCCAAAGGUCCGUGUCCAUUCCACGGAAUUCUGUGAGAUCAGGCUGAACAGCGGUAAUGUCGCAUGGAAAACCAACUCACCUGAGCUUGUGUGCAUCCGUGGGCUGAACAAGGUUACAAUGUAACACUACAUAUGCUGCCUUUGCGCAUUCGUCCAAGGGUAUUCAGUAUACUGUGCACCCUCACUUUUUUGUGUGUUCAGUUUAAUUCUAAUGUGAGGCUGCAACGGGGCCAAAGACCCAUAGAAAUUAUGGGAUUUUGAUGUUAUAGCAUGCUUCUCACUGCUAUUAAACCGUGAGACAACCAACAUGAUAGCAUUGUGAUAACAGUUUUGCAGGACCACGACAUGACGUUCAAUACUUAUUCAUUUCCACAAAUGUUCCAAGUCCAGUACUUAACGUUAAGGAAUUUCCGUUCUCUUUUAUUUUCUGAGAGGCAUAAAGAGAAAUAUAAUUUAUUAAGUUUUUAUUAGCAUCUCUGCGGCACAGAUAUAGUGAAAUAUAAGCAACUAGAUAUAUAUUAGAUAUACAGUAUAUAUCGGAUGUGAGUUUCACACACUUCUUCAUAGUACCUGCACACCAGCCUACAGUUCAAUGUCUUUACCCACUAUUGCGAUCAAAAAACAAAACACAAACUCAAAUUCGGACGUCAUACAUCUCUUUCCUGGGUAGGACGAUCAUACAUUUCUUUCCUGGGUAGGACUAUCAUAUUUAACGAAGAAGUAAUAUAUUUUAGCGAUCACAACACCACUAUUGUCUUAUUAGUAUUUUAUUUCACACAAAUAAAGACUGAGAGCUUUUUGUUCUGCUUUGAAAGAGAGGUUUUAAGAGCGAUGUGUUAAGUUGGGAGUUAUUAUUAUAUGUCGUGUUAGAGCCAGAUGGUUUACGAUUUUAAAAAAAUGCUAAACACAAUGUCCAGGUGCCUUCCUUACAACUUUGCAGCCAUUUGUAUAUAAACCAUAUAAGCACCCAUGAAGUGUUAAAAUUUGUGUAUAGAACUUCAUAUAUGUAAAGCACAUUUUCAAAUUUAAAA